AUGGCGUCGGCCCCCGUCCGCAGGCUGCCGGCGGCCUUGGCGCUCCUCCUGGUCGCGGCCCUGGCCUGCGCCUCCGGCGACGGCGACCCAGAUGCCGAAGAGGUCGCGGGGCUGUUGCGCCUGCAGCGGUCGUCUUCCGACGGCGUUAUCCACUUCAGCCCCACGCUGUUCGCCAAGUACGCCACCAGCGCCAGGCGGCCCUACUCCCUGGUGUUCAUGCUCACGGCGCGCCACCUGAUGGACAAGCCCAGCCUGAAGCUGAAGCAGCUGAGGGCGGAGUUUGGCCUGGCGGCAAGCGCUUACAGGGGGCAGCAUGGCGCGGGUGAUGCCGCGGGGCGCGUCUUCUUCGCGGAGAUGGAGUUCAGGGAGAGCAAGGAGAUCUUCGAGCGGCUGGGCGCCGACUCCCUGCCUUUCAUCUUCCACGUGGCGCCGGGGUUCGCCGUGGGCCGCUCCGGGCCCAUCGGGGUGCCAGAGGGCGACCGGAUGUCGAUGAAGGACCACCCCAAGUACCCGUGGCCCGCGGAGGCGAUCGCGGAGUUCGUGGCGGCGAAGACAGGCCUAGGGGUGGACGAGAUCGAGCGCAGGUCGAUCUUGCAGUCGCCGUUUUUCGGGAUCUUGGCCCUGGUGACCCUGUUCGCGGGCGCCGGGGUGGCCUACCGGCUGUACUACAUGUCCUGGGUGCGCCACCCGCUGAUCUACCUCUCGGGGACGCUGGCGGUGUGCUGGUUCGCCACCUCGGGCGGCAUGUUCAACAUCAUCCGCAACGUGCCCUUCGCACUGCCCAAGCCCGACGGCAAGGUGGAGUACUUCUACCCCGGGCACUCGCAGCAGCUGGGAGCGGAGGGAUUCGUUAUGGGCACGCUGUACCUGCUGUUCGCCGGCGCCACGGUGGCCAUGACGUACGGGGUGCCGAUGCUGGAGUCCAAGAACGGACGGAGGGCUGCCUUCUACACUGCUGUGAUGGUGGCGUUCCUCACACUGAGGCAGGUGGUCCAAAAUUACCAGUGGAAGACCGGGUACCACAUCAGGCAGUAUGUGUUCUGA